AUGUCAUCCCAUGCGUCCCCCAGACACUCGAGGGAGGGCACGCCGGUGCAGCGCUCCUUCGCGGAUGAGGCGACCGCUGCGGCCGAUCUGUUCGACCUCGCCGCCCCACCCUUGCAGCAACCCCUGGUGGCACGGCUUGUCCCGCUCUACGCUGGGCUUCCCACGCUCGACCUCCAUCAAGAUAGCGGAAACGUAAUCGUUGGCCGCGGCAAGGAUAUUUCCGAGGAUUACCGCAUCGACGUCAGCGACAAGCUCUCCGCGCGGCACUGCGAGCUGGUCGUAGAUCCGGUGACGUUGCGCGUGGAGCUGCGCGACUUGUCGACCAACGGUACCUUCUUGAAUGGCAACCGCGUCACAAAGGGGGAGCGAGUCGUACUGCAGAAUGGUGACCGUGUGGCACUGACGCGACCAGCAGACAGUGGCGCUGGUGGUGGGCAGGCACCAAGCAGCGCCGUGGACGACAUUGCCGCCAACGGCCGCGUCGACUACAUGUUUCGGCGCCUUAAGCAGGAGACCACGCGAGCCCGCAUGAGCGCGGAGUUGACGUGCCCCGUUUGCAACUCGAUUUUCCACCGGCCCUGCUCCGUGCUGCCGUGCAUGCACGUCUUCUGUGCCGGGUGCAUCAGCGGCUGGAUAGCACAAGGGGAGCAACACACAUGCCCCAAGUGUCGCGUGAGCAUCACCGGCAUUCGCCCCACCCAUCGCCUCCAGAGCUCGGCGGCGAACUACCUGCUCCGGAACCCGGCCAGCCGCCGCCCGGUGGAGGACCUCGCCAAACUGGACGCCGCCGACACGAUCCACCCGGUGGGCAUGAGCAUCGGGAAGCGCAGUCGCAGCGAUAAUGAUGACUGCGACGACGAUGGCAAAUGUAGACCGCACAGCGACAGCGGUAGCGACACCGUCCGUGCUGUGCGUCACGCAGCACUAAUCUUUGGUCACACACUGCCCCUCGCCGGCCCACAGUGCGCCGAGUGCGACACGCCGAGCCCCAUCGACGGCUUUCAGUGCCCGGCAGGUGGUCCACAUCUUCGCUGCUCGGCGUGUCGCUCCUGCUUCGCCGAGCGCCCGCUGUGUGGCCGGCCGCAGCGCUGCCACGUCUGCAACUUAGCCUUCUGCCACCUCUACAGAGCGGGUGGCUGUGCGUGCACCGACGGGACGUCACUCCAGCCCUUCAAGGAACACGAACCCUUCAGUGUGCUGCCACCGCAGACCUUUAGCGGCAACACGAUCGAGCAGGACAUCCUCUCUCACUACCUCGCCUCGCACAGCAUUCUUGUCAAGGACGUGUGGUCGGCAGCGCUGGCGAAGUUCGAAGGCGGAGAGUGGGUCCCUGAUAUGGUUCUGAUCAACGGCGCCAUAAGGCCAGACUCACCGGUGUGCCGGCGGUGUGCAGCGACGGUGUUUGCAGGGCUGCUCUUCGCGUACCGCCGUCACCUCGCAUCCGAUGAGCUGCCAGAGUCCGUGACUAAGCGGCCCAACUGCUGGUACGGGAAGGAGUGCCGCGCGCAGUUUCACGACGAGCAGCACGGUCAGUACUACAGCCAUGUCUGCUACCAGGAGAAGCGCAAGGAAUAG